UAGAGGGGCCGCGGGGCGAGAUGCGGGGCGAGGGGCGUCGCGUGUGGCGGUGCGGCGCGGCGCGGCGGGCCGGGCGUCCAGUUGCGCGCGAACCAGCGUUGUGGCACGUCAUGUCGCUCGAUGAAAUCAUUGUCCAAGUGCAGUGUCGACCCGAGUUGUGGUGUUCGACGCAUCCUUGCUUCAAGAACAGAGCGGUACAUAGAAAGAUAUGGAGGCAUAUUUCAAAGGAGUUGAAUCUAGACGAAACGUUACUAAAGAAGAGAUGGAAGCAUCUGAAGGACCAAUACAGGAAGGAGGUGAAGAAAGCGCUUAAAGCCCACAACGGGGUGGUUCCCGACGACUACCUCUCCUGCUGGCAGUGGUACCCAUACCUCUCCUUCUUAAAGGAAGAGAUAGUAGCCACAAGCAACAGGAACACCAAGACGUUGUUCUCCGAGUCGGAGUCACAAAGCGAAGAGGAAUUCACCGAUAACCCAACGAAGAAAUUCAAACAAGACCUCGAAAAUGCAUCAAACAAAUCGUUGGACUCCAAAAAGUUGAGCAUCAUAAUGAAAAGGAUGAAAACAAUGAACGAUCUGAUCGAAAACAAACUGAGUAGUUCUGGGAUGGAAGACGUGCCCCGCAACGACACGGAUUACAUGUUCCUCAUGAGUCUGCUGCCGUCGAUGAAGCAGCUGACAGAGCUGCAGAAGUUGCAUUUCAGAGGGAAAAUCAAUGAUUGGCUGAUAGAGACCAUGUCGCAGAACGAGUAUAACUGUGAUAAUGAUAAUAAAUUCUUCUUCCAAGGGGAAGUUCUUCCGAAAGAAGAAGGUGGCGCAUGAUAUUUAACUGUAGAUAGUGCAGUGACAACGCUAUUUUUUGCUGACAUAGUCUUGUUGUUGAAGUGAACUUUGAUAUUUAUAAUUCGUGUUUUUUGUUCUUUUACCAUGUUAUCCUGGAUUUUAAAUAAAUCUCAUAAAUAUUAUACAAUCAUUGGUUAAAUUGAUGAUUUAAAUAAUUUCAAACGAAAGCAAAACGUGUAUUUUGGUAUCGGAAAUGUAAGAAAACGGACCUUGGGCUCCGACGCUUAACGGCGACAAAGAAACCGUCAAAACGCUCAGUGAGGGAGAGAGUAUCUAAGUGUCCGUGAUGGAACAUUAGACAGCUUAAUUUCUUGUAAACCUCCAUAAUUGAUACGUUUUGUUACUAUAUGAGAGAACGUAUGCAUUUUUUUUUGUAAUAAAAACGAAUGUCGAUAUCAAUAUAUGUUAAGACAAAAUAAUUCCAAGGGAUUUAGAUAAGAAAAACCAAAUGUUGCGUACAUAUAUUUUGUAAUUUGUAUAUGAUUAUUAAAAGACAAUUUGCAUAAAA